GCGGCGGCGGCGCCUGCUGCGGCUUGCGGCGGGGCCGGCGGCGUGGGGGACGCGGAUGUGACCGCGGUUGGCCGGGCCUGCGGGCAGGGCCGGGGAGGGGGUGAGCAGCGCCGCGCCCCUUCCCCUCCCCCGUCAUCCAUCCCAAGGCGCGGGAGGAAGAAGAGGGGCUAUGCAGCCGCCUCAGCCGCCCCCCUACGAGUUCCUCAGCGAGGAGAACGGGCAGAAAUGGCGGGGGCUCCUCGUGCCGGCCCUGCGCAAGGUUCAGCAGCAAGUCCAUCCCAACCUUUCAGCCAAGGAAGAUUCCCUCUUUUACAUUGAGGAACUAAUUCUUCAGCUGUUAAAUAAGUUAUGCAUUGCACAGCCACGGACAUUUCAAGAUGUAGAGGAGCGUGUUCAAAAGACUUUUCCUCAUCCAAUUGACAAGUGGGCAAUUGCAGAUGCACAGUCUGCUAUUGAGAAGCGAAAGCGAAGAAAUCCUCUCUUGCUGCCUGUGGACAAAAUACAUCCUUUAUUAAAGGAGGUUCUUGGUUAUAAGAUAGAUUAUCACAUGUCUCUUUACAUUGUGGCUGUCCUGGAAUACAUCUCUGCUGACAUCUUAAAAUUGGCUGGAAAUUAUGUUUUCAACAUACGACAUUUUGAGAUUUCCCAGCAGGACAUUAAAGUAUCCAUGUGUGCUGAUAAGGUGUUAAUGGAUAUGUUUGAUCAGGAUGACAUUGGUUUGGUUUCCUUAUGUGAAGAAGAACCUUCUUCUUCUGGUGAACUUAAUUACUAUGAUCUUGUCAGGACUGAAAUUGCAGAUGAAAGACAGUAUCUGCGGGAGCUGAAUUUGAUCAUAAAAGUAUUUCGAGAAGCUUUUCUAUCUAACAAAAAGCUGUUCAUGCCCAAUGAUAUUGACAUGAUAUUCAGCAACAUCACAGAUAUCCAUGAAUUGACAGUGAAGCUCUUGGGAUUAAUUGAGGACACAGUGGAAAUGACUGAUGAAAGUAGUCCUCAUCCCCUGGUUGGCAGCUGUUUUGAAGAUCUUGCAGAAGAACAAGCCUUUGACCCGUAUGAAACCUUGUCGCAAGAAAUCCUUUCACCACAAUAUCAUGAACAUUUUAAUAAUGUAAUGGCUAAACCUGCUGUGGCUUUACACUUCCAGUCAAUUGCUGAUGGCUUUAAAGAAGCAGUACGGUAUGUCCUACCACGUCUCAUGUUAGUUCCUGUCUAUCACUGUCUGCACUAUUUUGAAUUACUACAGCAACUUCAAGAAUGUAGUGAAGAUGAAGAAGACUGUGAAUGUUUAAAACAAGCCAUCACAGCUCUCCUGAAUCUCCAAUGUAGCAUGGAACGUAUUUAUAAUAAACAUUCACCUAGACGUCGGCCUGGGGAGCCGGUGUCUUGGUUCUACAACCGCCAAGUAAGAAGCAAGCAUCUGGCCAUAAAAAAAAUGAAUGAGAUCCAGAAAAACAUUGAUGGUUGGGAAGGCAAAGAUAUUGGUCAGUGCUGUAAUGAAUUUAUAAUGGAAGGCACACUGGCAAGAGUAGGAGCCAAGCAUGAACGUCAUGUAUUUCUCUUUGAUGGUUUAAUGAUUGGCUGCAAAGCCAACCAUGGGCAGUCACGACUUCCAGGCUAUAGCAACGCAGAGUACCGGCUCAAAGAAAAAAUCAUUAUGAGGAAAGUCCAUAUAGUUGAUAAAGAUGACACGUGUGAAUACAAAAAUGCUUUUGAGCUGGUCCCUAAGGAUGAGAACAGCUUAAUCUUUGCUGCCAAGUCUGCUGAAGAGAAGAACAACUGGAUGGCAGCACUAAUUUCCCUCCAGUAUCGCAGCACCCUGGACCGAAUGUUGGAUGCAGUACUGUUGCAAGAAGAGAACGAGCAGCCCCUGCGACUCCCCAGUCCAAGCAUCUAUCGUUUUGCAGUGGAAGACUCUGAGGAGAACAUGGUUUUUGAGGACAGUCUUCAGAGCAGGAAUGGAAUUCCAAUCAUCAAAGGUGGAACUGUGGUGAAGCUCAUUGAAAGGCUAACUUAUCACAUGUAUGCAGAUCCUAAUUUUGUACGUACUUUCCUUACCACAUACCGGUCCUUUUGUAAGCCGCAAGAACUCCUGGGUUUGUUGACAGAAAGAUUUGAAAUCCCUGAACCGGAACCAACCGAAGCUGAUAGGCUGGCAAUAGAGAAAGGAGAACAGCCAAUCAGUGCAGAUCUUAAAAGGUUUCGCAAGGAAUAUGUCCAACCAGUACAACUCAGGGUACUGAAUGUGUUUCGACACUGGGUGGAACAUCAUUUUUAUGACUUUGAAAGAGAUCAGGAGUUACUCGAUAGACUGGAGACAUUUAUUUCCACUGUAAGAGGCAAAUCCAUGAAGAAGUGGGUGGAAUCCAUUGCAAAAAUUAUCAGGAGGAAAAAACAAGCUCAUGCAAAUGGCAUUAGCCAUAAUAUAACAUUUGAGAGCCCACCACCUCCAAUUGAGUGGCACAUCAGCCGUCAGUUUGAGACAUUUGACCUCAUGACAUUGCAUCCCAUAGAGAUUGCUCGACAGCUAACCCUGCUGGAAUCUGAUCUCUACAGGGCAGUCCAGCCUUCAGAACUUGUUGGGAGUGUGUGGACAAAAGAAGAUAAAGAAAUUAAUUCCCCAAAUCUACUGAAAAUGAUUCGGCAUACAACAAAUCUUACACUUUGGUUUGAAAAGUGUAUAGUAGAAAUGGAAAACUUCGAAGAGCGAGUGGCUGUGUUAAGCAGGAUUAUAGAAAUUUUGCAGGUUUUUCAGGACUUAAAUAAUUUUAAUGGAGUUCUUGAGAUAGUCAGCGCAAUGAAUUCUGUCUCCGUGUACAGACUAGACCACACAUUUGAAGCACUGCAAGAAAGAAAAAAGAAAAUUUUAGAUGAAGCAGUAGAAUUAAGUCAAGAUCACUUUAAAAAAUACCUUGCUAAACUCAAAUCAAUCAAUCCACCAUGUGUGCCUUUCUUUGGAAUAUACUUAACAAAUAUUCUAAAGACAGAAGAAGGGAAUCCUGACUUCCUAAAAAGACAAGGGAAAGGACUGAUCAACUUCAGUAAAAGAAGGAAGGUGGCUGAAAUCACAGGAGAAAUCCAACAGUAUCAGAACCAGCCUUACUGUUUACGCGUUGAGCCAGACAUUCGGAGAUUCUUUGAAAAUUUGAACCCCAUGGGAAAUUCCCCAGAAAAAGAAUUCACUGACUAUUUAUUCAACAAAUCUCAGGAGAUUGAGCCCCGAAACUGCAAGCAGCCCUCUAGAUAUCCUAGAAAAACAAGCUACUCUCUAAAAUCUCCUGGAAUAAGGCCAAAUGCCGGCAGACACAGCUCCACAUCUGGUACAUUGAGAGGCCAUCCAACUCCUCUUGAAAAGGAACCUUAUAAGAUUAGUUUUAGUAGAAUUACUGAAGCUGAACAGGAGUCUGCAGCAUCAGCACCAACUUCACCAAACAUACCAUCCACUCCUCCAGUGUCUGCAUCAUCAGAAGUCAGUGUGUUCAUAGACAUUGAUCUCAACAGCUCCUACGGUAGCAACAACAGCAUAUUUGCUCCUGUCCUUUUGCCACAGUCAAAAUCAUUCUUCAGUUCAUGUGGGAGUUUACAUAAAUUAAGUGAAGAACCCUUGGUCCCUCCUCCUCUGCCUCCUCGCAAGAAGUUUGAUCAAGAUUUUUCUAACUCAAAGGGUGGUUCCAGAUCUGAUGAUGAUCCUCCUGCUGUCCCCCCGAGACAGCCCCCUCCUCCAAAGAUACAGCCACGAGUCCCAGCCUACACUGGUCCAUUUGAUCCGCCGCUGCAGAGCCCUCCACCACCCCCACCAAGAGAUCCUCUGCCUGACACUCCUCCUCCAGUACCCCUUCGCCCUCCAGAGCAUUUUGUGAACUGCUCAUUCAGUCUUCAGCCACCACCUGUGGGACACUUUCACAGAGAGCCUGACUGGCUCCGGGAAGUUAGCACAUGCCCAAACUCCCCUAACACUCCGCCUGGCACCCCAUCGCCUCGAAUACUGCGUCGUUGGUGCGUGCUCAGCCCAAAUCCUAACAGCCUUGCAGCACCUCCAGUCCCACCUCGUCAGAAUUCCAGUCCUCAGCUACCGAAACUGCCACCAAAGACUUACAAGAGGGAACUCUCUCACCCUCCUUUGCACAGACACUCUUUGCUAGAAAAUGCAGAAGCUCCUCAAUGACCUUCAUCAUGGUAGUCAUUGACACUGGAAUAGCAGCACCAAACUUUACAUUUUCUUCUUAAUUUAUUCCAAUGACACAGUGUACUUGAGCCCUUCAUCCAGCAAACACUUGCACCAGAGUGCUGCUGAUCAAGACUCAUUCUCAAGCAUUGGAACAACAAGAACAGCCUUCAGACUCACUCUAGCCUGUUUACUCACGGCAACAACCUUCUCCUCAGGGGAUCAGUAGCACUGCCUUCUCCUCUUCCUCCUCAGUGCUGUGAAAGUUUUGCCAGUACAAAGAAUACCAUAUUUUGCACUGUAAAUGACACACUACCCUAAUUUUAAACUGACAUCAGUUCAUUGCACUGAGCCAAAACAAAAGCGGUUGCCAGUGGAUUUCUUAUUUUCAAACUGGAGCAUGAGCAGCCUCUCUCUCUCUCCCCCGCCCCGCUCCAUAUAUAUAUAUUUAAAGGUGCAAUUUAUCAGAGAACGUUCUCCAAAUUGGUGUCUUCAAGUUGCAUUGGGACUGCAAUCUCAGCCAAUGUGGCCUUCUAGAAAGCACCAGGUAAGAGAAAAGAUGCACUGAGAAGCACUCUCUCACCCAAGCCCAGCUGAAAUGAAUAGAUUCAUUUCAGUGUGGUUUACCUGGGAGAACCUUCCAGUGGGUUAUGCCCAAUUGAUGCCACAAUUGAUGGCCUUCCCAUCAAAACAUGAAGAUGUAUAUCCUGUUUCUGAUUUUGUUUUUAUAAACCUCUUUGGAUCCUUGCUUUUUAGUAAAAAUUAAAAUCAAGAGGUUUGUGAUAGAUCAUUAUAUUACAGCUGUUUUCAAAUGUUAGGUGACAUCAUGUCUUAAUUUUUCAUAGUUUUGCUGCUGAACUUGAGAAAAGAUAAGUGACAAAAGCAAGAGAGCGCACUACGAGUGUUCUGAUUAAGUGAGAGGCAGAAGAGGGUCUGCUUCACCCACCUGUUCAAAGAGAAUUUAGCACGUGUGUCAUAUUCAGUUGUGCCUUCAUUGUUUAGACAAGCGGAGGUGUCUUAAGCUAAAAAGUUGCCUGCUGUUUCGGCAAACAAAGCUAUUGCGCCAUAUUAUGUACAGUUGUUUAUAGUGUAUAUUUACAAGGUAAUAACCUGUAUACAUUUCUGUGACUUGA